AUGAAUGUCGACGAUAUUAUUUACGUAAUCUGCCUGCUGGCCUGUAUAGGAGCAGGCAAUUAUGUGCGCAAAAUUCCCGACAAGAGCCAAAAGAAGUAUAUCAGUACGGCCUUGGGUAUUUUAAUGGUCUUCAUUGUGUCAGGAUGGAAUUCGUUUCAUUGCUUUGUAUCAGCGCUACUGGGUGCAGCUGCUGUAAUCUAUGUGCAUCCAAGCAAAUGCCAUUUAGCUGCCUUUACUGUGAUGUUUGGCUACUUGGCAUUCUUCCGUUUGGCUAGUAAAUUUGGUCUUCCUGAUCCCCCGGGUCAUAUAAAUAUGAUUCAAAUGGUUAUGACCUUGAAGAUUGCCGGUAUUGGUUUUGAAAAAACUGCCUCUUGGAAAAAACUUAAAGAACGCGAAAAGAAUGAAGACGUGGAAAUAUCUGAAUAUGAUACUGCCGUACAAUCGGUAGAUAUAAUUGAGAUUAUCCAUUACUCGUUCAAUUAUAUUGGUAUAUUGACGGGUCCAUAUUACCGUUAUCGUACCUAUCGCGAUUAUUUUGAAACCUCAUAUUCCGACUACGCUCCGACAAUCAAAACAACUUUGGAACGACUAAAAUAUGCUGGUCUCUACUGCAGUCUGUACUUAUUGGGCAAUUACAUAUGGCCAUUGGAGUAUGCCUUGACUGAUGAAUUUUAUAAUGAACGCUCCUAUUUCUAUCGCCUUAUGUAUGUCUGGCCAACAUUCAUUAUCUUCCGAAUGCGUAUAUACACCGGCUUAACUUUGAGUGAAUGUGUCUGCACAAUGGCUGGUUUCGGUGCCUAUCCUGUAGAAGCUGAUGUCGCUAACGGAGCUGGUCCUCGUAAACCGUAUAAGCAUUUGACUCCGGAAACCUAUAAGGGAGAAUAUACAUUUACUGCCAUUGUAAACACAAAUGUGAAGGACGUCGAGAAGUGUCCGACAUUCCGUGAAACAAUGAAACAUUGGAAUAUUUGCGUACAAUAUUGGUUGGCUGUUAAUGUAUAUAAAUUAUUCCCCAGUAAAAAAUAUAGAACUGUGGUCACACUACUUGUCUCUGCAUAUUGGCAUGGUUUCCGCCCUGGCCACUAUUUCUGUUUGAUGGGAGCACCAUUCUAUGUCCACAAUGAAGAUAUGUGGGAUAAAUUAAUACGCAAAAAUGCCACCGGUACUAAGCGCAAGAUACUUGAUGCUCUCUUCUGGUUCUUUAAAUUUUUCUGUGGAAGUUAUUUGGGUACCGCCUUCUUAUUGGUGACAUUUGAAAAAAUAUGGCGAUUCUAUAGUUCCGUCUAUCAUACAUGUUAUGUGGCAUGGAUUGUAUUUUUGGUAGUCGGCACCGUUUGGACAAAACGUAACAAAGCCGAGGAGAAACGUAGAAAACGUCUUGAAGAAAAGAAAGAAGAAGUAGAAGGAACCAAAGCAGAAGAAGAUAAAAAAUCCCAGUAA